AUGGCUGAUACUAUCGUAAACUCGACCGUUAAUGCCAUUUCAACAAAUGGAACCGUAUGGAUUUUUUCUAGCUUAACUGCAACUUUACAAUUCUUGCUUGAACCUAUUGGAGAGACCAGAUUCUUUUCACAAAUGCUGGCUGGCAUGAUGCUAGGACCAUCAGUUAUAGGACAAAGUGCUUUCCUACAAAAGUGGCUAUUCCCACCAAAAACAUUCUACAUAAGUGAGACAAUUGCUUUUUUUGGAGGCAUGAUGUUUAUGUUCAUAAUUGGAGUAAAAAUUGAUAUGACUAUUGUUGCAAGAUCAGGGAAAAAAGCUUGGGCAAUUGGAAUAUUGACAUUUCUCAUUCCACUAUUAUUUUGUUCAUUGUUUUUUUUCUUUGCAAAAGAAACAUUACCUUCUGAUCAUCCUCUCUACAAGUCCUUAUUUUCCAUCACAUUUAUCUUCUCAAGUGGUUCAUUCCAUGUUGUUAGCGCGGUGGUAUCUCACGAUAACACAUUUUCCAUGGAUCAUAAAACUUAUCAGUUGAUGGGGUUGAGUUUGGCCGUUAUGAUUACUAUUAUAGUAUAUGUUUUACGUCCCAUAAUGUGUUGGAUGAUAAGACAAACACCUGAAGGGAGACAAAUGAAAGAAACACAUAUAAUGUCAGUGUUUUUAAUGUUAAUCAGCUGCGCAUUUUUGAGCGAAGUUAUCGGGCAACAUGUUCUGAUUUUACCUAUCAUUUUUGGUAUAGCUGUACCUGAAGGUCCUCCAUUAGGAUCAGCAUUGACUGAUAGAUUGGAUAUGUUGGUUUCAAAUAUUUUUUUGCCAUUGUAUUAUCUUUAUAGUGGGUCUAGAUUCAAUGUUUUUCUAAUUGAUGGUCAUACAUUUGUGAUUGUUCAACUUCUUGCUAUUGUUUCAUUCCUUGGGAAGGUCAUAGGAACUAUAUUGCCUUCAAUUUAUUGGAAGAUGCCAAUGACAGAUAUUAUAGCUUUAGGACUACUUAUGAGUGCUCAAGGCAUCACACAUGUGAUUUACUUGCAAGCCGGUCUAAAUAUUACGAUAGAUGAACAAUCAUAUGGUAAUGCAUUGUUAGCGAUACUAUGGUUAACAGGAAUCACCACUCCCUUUGUGAAAUUCUUAUAUGAUCCUUCUAAGAGGUAUUUGUCUUUAAAUAGGAGAAGAACCAUCGAACAAUCAACUCAAGAUAUUGAACUGCGUCUCAUGGCAUGUAUACACAAUCAAGAAACGACACCUUCUAUAAUCAAUCUUCUUGAAAUGUCAAACCCUUCAUUGGAAAAUCCUAUAUGUUUCUAUGUUCUACAUCUUAUUCAAUUAAGAGGAAGAUCAACCCCGGUUUUCAUUGAUCAUCAACCGACUAGUAAGAAGAAUCCUCCACAAAAGAAUUACUCGGAGCACAUAAUAAAGGCAUUUCGAUCCUACGAGCAACAAAAAUCGAACAAUGUUGUUGUAAAACUCUACACAUCCAUUUCGCCUUACGAGACAUUGCAUGAUGAAAUAUGUAUGCAGGUUGCUGAAAAGAGAGUUUGUUUGUUGAUUGUGCCUUUUCAUAGACAAUGGAAAUCAAAUGGGAUAAUAGAAUCCACACACCCAAUUAGGGCAUUAAAUCGUCAGCUUCUUAGGACGGCACCUUGUUCUGUUGGGAUUCUAAUUGAGCGUGGUAGUUUGAAUAUAAACAAUCCUCAAACAAAUGUCGCAUUUUAUAGUGUUGGAAUAGUCUUUAUAGAAGGCAACGAUGAUCGUGAAGCUUUAGCCUAUGCGAUGCGGAUGGCGAAUAACCCGAUCGUAAGGGUUACAUUGGUAAGACUAAUGGAGCCUCGCAAGAAAAAUAAGAACUUGACCAACAGGGAUCCAGACGGGGAUUUGAUUCAUAAGUUUAAAGUGGAAUGCAUCCAAAUUAAACGGCACGACUAUAAAGAGGAAGUUGUAAGAGAUAGUGUUGAAAUGAUAAAUGUUCUAAGAUCACUUGAAGGUUGUUUCGAUUUGGUUUUGGUUGGUAGAAGACAUGCAAGUGAGUCAAAUUUGUUUAGUGGAUUAUCUUAUUGGAAUGAGUAUCCUGAACUUGGACCUAUUGGUGACAUGUUAGUUGCUUCGGAUUCUACUUUUGAUGGUUCUGUUAUGGUUAUUCAACAACAAAAGAGAUCAGGGAUUGGUUAUCAUAAUUUAGAUUCUAGUUUACUACCAAAGCAAGAAAGUUUAACCAUUGUGGAAAUUCCUCGUGAUAGAAAAACGUUUCCAAUUAUUUAA